AUCAAAUUUUUUUUUUUUUGAGAAAAAAGAAUUAUUUUUUAAUUUAUAGAUUUAAAAUUAUGGCCGUACAUAAUUAUUCAUUAGCAUCAUCAUAUGAUCCAUUGUAUCCAUUGAGUGCACCUUGGUGGAUUUGUCGAUCCAUUUAUGAUUUAUUCGAUAUUCCAAUUCAUCAAUUUAUGCUGCGAGCACUUGGUCAAAUGGAAACAUUUCCAGUAUUACAGCAUCGAUUGGAAAAGCUUAAUCGAUUUAAUCAAUUACUUAUACCGAUCGGUGUGAUUGCAGUUGUCGUAUUGAUUGAUGGCCUGGAUCAUUUGAUACAAUUCAUUCGAAAUGAAUUGAUUCAAGCAAAUAUAAUCGAAGGAAUUCAUUAUAUUGAUGGUGAUAAUCCUGCCAAUGAUCUUUUAGAAGGUUGAUUUAAAACAAGAUAAAUUGAAAAUUUUAAAUAAACUCGAUACUGCUGCUCUUUGUUCAUCAACGAUAAAUAAAAUUUUUUUUACAAAUUUUCCAUAAUGA